AUGAAAAUAAACAGUAUCCCAGUCAAAAUCUCCACCCGAGAUAAGAAGAACGAAGUCAAAAGGAUGGAGCCAUCUCGAGAGGUGGAUAGACGUCGACGCACUUUGAAGGAGUUAGAGGAAAAAACGUACCCCUUCCUUGACUCCGAUGUCGCAGGUAUGCUCGAGGACUUACUUGAAAAGAAGGUGAUCGAAUUGCUAGAAUGUAAGCGGCCUAAGGAGAUGAAUCGAGUCAACGACCCUAAGUUCUGCAAAUACCACUGA